AUGAAGCAGUUAAGAAAAAAAUGUAUUAUAUUUGGACUGAUGUUUAUAAUAAGUAUAGAAAUUGUAACUUGCGGGGGGUUUAAAGCAGCGUAUAAGAAACAAUUAAGUAAAAUAGAUAAUCUAAGCACAAGUGAUACACGAUUUAUGUGGGGUAUGUUUAACAAUUGUAGUUCUGUAUCAUCUGACAAUACUAACCAACCUAUGCAGACAGAUGGCCAGACAUUAAAUCCAUCUAAUUCAAAUAAAAGGCCCCAUGAUACAGACAACAAUACUCAAAAUUCUAACGCUAUCAAAAGAGCUCGUUAUAUGGGUAUGAAUAAUGCAGAGAGCAAUGUAGAUAACUCAGCAAUAGACAUAGCUACAGAACCAAUAAUGGAUCUAACAUCAGAGCCAGCCUCAAAAAUGCCAUUAAAAGAAACUUCAGAACUAACCACAUCCACUACUAUUAAUCCUCUUAAAGUUGAUUCUAACAGUAAGUUGGUUAUAACUAGUACAUUGUGUUUUUGUGCCGCUGAAAAUCAAUUUAUUAUACGAAACUAUACGAGUUAUAUAGAAAGUUUUGAAACUGCACUGGUUUCAAGCUCAAGUAGAUCUUUAAGAUCUGAAAAAAAUAUCAAACGAGCAGACAUAAUAAUUAAAAAGUGGGAAAGUGAUAAAGAAACAGAUAUUUGGACUAUGAUUAAAAGUACGGGCAUGCGAUUUCUUCUACUAAAAAUCAUAUUUCAAAAGAUAAAAGACGAAAAAUCUAUUAGUGUUUACAGACAGCUUAAUCCAUUAUGGUAUGUCGGAUUUCUAAAUGAUCUAGUUGAUUAUAUUAAAAAUCAUAGUCAAAUAACAAUAUAUUAUUAUGACACUAUUACUUCUUUACAUGCUAAUAAAAGAGCAGAAACUCUUGGAGAUAUUUGGAUAAAUAAAGAAGUAAAUUUAUACUGCUGCUGCAGUGGUAUAAAUAGUCAAAUAGCUGUAGAAGGAGCAGAGAGGGGUAUACAACUUAAAAAAAAGUUGAAUACCAUUCUUUUAAUACCAGAGGUAUAUGAAGACUUCUAUAAAAUGCCACAGAGUGCAGUUAAUAGUUUUGUUAAAGAAAUUAAAGCAAAAAUAAUGAAUAGGGAUAAAAAAAAUAAGAGUAAUAAUAUAAUAGGCCCUGCAAAUGAUUUAAAAAUUGAACAGCUACCGGAUUUAAAGUGGAUUAUAACAUAUCUUAUACACACUGCACAGAAAGAUGAAGAAUUGGCAGAAGAAGCACACAAUGCAAUUAAACAAAUUAAAUUGCAUGAGGGCAAUGAGAAUUUAAUAGGCAAUUCUAAUGCAAUAGAAGUAUAUAAUUUUGUAUGUAAUAAAGUUGGUAUUUUUUAUAAAUAUCAUGGAAUGGCAUAUAAACUAUACCAGAAAAAAAAAGGCGCUAUUAGAAAUAGAACGCGAUUGAUUCAUAUAGAUAAUAUGAAUAAAACACGAGCACACAGUAAAAUGUUAGGGGAAUAUAGUUUAAAGGCUCAACAACUUUUUAAAUCUAUUGCAAAGGUAAAAAGUCUAGGUAAAAUAGAAAACAAUGGCUUUACUCAUGUUAUUGGCAUAGAUAAGAUAAAAUACACUAACAUAUUCGCUGAAAAUAACACAUUACUAAGCAUAAAAGACCAUUAUCAUGUGCAAUUUGUAGACAAUGAGUGGCACACAGCUACAAUGAUUCAUCUUCCCUACUACAUACAUAGGCAAAAAAAUGGUACAAUUAUAAACUAUCAGUUUCAUACAAUUAAAAACAUAAUAACUCAUUUAAAAAGCGCUUUUAAUAUAAGAACACGAUAUAAAACAGGGGCUAUUAAAAGAAAAAAUAAUAUUAAAAAGAUCUUUAAUACAAAAGAAAAAAUUAAGAAUUUUAAGAUUGGAGAUGUGUAUUCAUUUAAGUACUGCAAGCAGGAUAAAACCUGGUCGUUAAUAACCGAUGAUUCCGAUUUAAACAAAACAGUACAGACAAUAGAAAGUGAAAACUAUAAUGUAGUAUUCUAUUACAUAAAAGAAAAUAUCUAUGAAACCGAGUUCUGUUUUGCACAGUUUGUGUAUUCAUCAGAAGUAAAAAGUAAUGUUAAAGACAGUAAUAUGGAUAAGAUAAGAAUUCCAUUAUUUCUUUCUAAGUUUAUGGUCUCUGGUGCAGUGCUUGGGCCGUAUGACAAGAAUAGCAUUAAUUAUAACGUAUUUAAAUUGGGUAAAUAUAAAGAUUUAGUGCCAAUUGACUAUACAGAGAUUUAUACUCCUCCAUUUUUUAAGACUAAUUCAAGUUCUUCCAGAAUACAAAUAAAUAAUUCAAGAUCGUCAGUAAUUGAAAGACAUAUGAAAGAAAGUGAUCUUAAUUAUGCUAUUAAACACUAUUAUAGCGACUUCUUUAUACGAAAUUCAACAGACUUCUAUGAGGAGCCCCACUGCUACUACAUGAAUAUUCAAUCCGAAAUUAAUAAUGCGACUGGUGAUAUAAAUAUAACUUGGAAUACAAGAUUCUAUGAAAGUGUCUAUGAGUAUACAACAUAUAAAUUUGACAGCAGAAUACAAGACGAAAGAAGCCAUGUGGGUGCUAUUAAUCAACCAGCGCAUGCUUCUUUCAUUGACAUGCUACAGCGCAAAAAUCCUUCUCUUAAUACAGCAUUAUAUGGGCACUGUUUCUACAAAACCCAUGCAGAGGUUGACUAUAAAACCAGUGCUGUUUUUUGUCUGACUAUGAAAGAUCUUUUAGAAAGAAUGAAUGCGUAUUUAGUGGAUAAAAAUACAAAAGAUGAAAUAAUCGAUCCUAUUUCAAUGAGAAAACUCUAUAAAAAGGACUAUGAUCCAAGAUUCAUUCUAAAAGACAUUUCAAGUGCUAUUCAAAAUAGCAAACUACAAGAAAUUAAACAAAGUGAUGAAGGAAUUAUAUCCAUAAGAGACAAUAACUACAACGGCUGUAAAUAUGGAAUUCACUAUGAUAUUUCAAAUGCUUUAAUUAAAACCCAUCCCAUAACACGAGAAUUACGUUUACAAGAACUUAAAAAACUAUCAAAAAAAACUUAA